GCCCAGAGACGUCGUUUGGCUUAAAAUGGAGGGAGCGGAGGAGAGCGGUUUCGGCGCGGGCAGAGCGGGUGGCGUCUUCGACAUCGUGGCCUUCUUGAAGAAGCCGCUCACCAUCCUCAGGCUGCUGAGCUGGAUCUUCGCAGUGGUUGUGCUCGCCUGCAUCACUAAUGAGGGCUACGCCAACUUCGAUGCAAAAGGGCCCCCGACCCAGUGCAUCUUCAACAUGAACGGCGACGCGUGCCGCUACGGCGUCGCCAUAGGCGUCAUCGCCUUCCUGGCGGCCACACUGCUACUUGUGUUGGACCUGUACGUGCCAAGCAUGGCGGGCCCGCUGGACCGCAAAAACAUUCUGCGCGUCGAGGUCGUCUUUUCCGUGCUGUGGACGUUCAUGUGGUUCGUGGGCUUCUGCUUCUUGACCAAUCAGUGGUCGAAAACAUCGCUUCAAAAGAACGGCGACGCGGCGCGUGCAUCCAUCAGCUUCGCGUUCUUCUCCAUCUUCAUUUGGGGUUCCCUGACGUACAACGCCUACAAACGCUACCAGGUGUUGUCCGACCCGUUUUCCCAAUCCUACGCGGACCCCAGCGGCACGCCAUACGCGCCCUACACGGCCGGCAGCGGCGUCGACUCGCGCGACUCCUACCAGCAGGGCCCCUUCACCGAGGCCGGCACUGCACGUGGCUACCAGGACCCGUCGUACUGACGGGGCCCCCCAGCUGGCCGGGCCCCACUCCCCUUACCCAUGCCACCCUCCCUAACCCUCUAACCCCGUUUCCACUGGUACAUCGGAGCCAGGGCCCUCAACUGCAAAAGCCUGGCCUCACAAGACGUGCGAAUCUGCCCGAGUACCAGCCAAGCAAGGCGGCCCCUGGGUUGGAGGUCAUAAGUUUUGUCACACGUUGUGUUGUUCAGUACGUUGUGUGUGAGCAUUCGUGCGUUGCGUGUGACGUCGGCAGCACGGAUCAGAUUCUGAAGUGGAAAAAACAAUCUGGCACCUCCUCUGAGUCUUGUCCGGCUGCCUCGGCAUGGCCCCGGCAUGUCUCGGUUGUACAGUGGAAAAGGGGUACCUGAUCCCUGGGGUGUCGCGCCUACCUGUCAAUCCCCACCACCCCCUUUCUUCGGCUCACAAUUUUAACAUGGUACAAGGGGUCAUCCCUGUUGUUGUCAUCGUCAGGUGUGUCAGACCCUCACCGGGAGCACGCCUUGCGCAGAAUACAGCAGCGUGGGGGUGGCGGUGCCGUGAAUGGAGGACUGACGCAGUCCAAGAUAUAUGGGGAUCCUCAGACACUCCCAUGCCAUGAAGCUGUGGAAGGUGGUGAUGGUGCUGGUUAUAUGCCAUCCGGGGGAUGUUUUCUCAAAAAACAGUGCCCCCUCUUGAACUUCUUAUAUCACCUAAUACACCUCAGUCGUUGUUUUCACGAGAGCUGGACUAUCCCAUUCAAGUGUUUGAUAAAACUCCGCCGAUUAUCAGUUUGAUUACUCGAAUAAUUGGAUAACGCAAAAUUUUAGAAGCCUGCUGCAAUUUUUAGUCGAUUGGUGGACUCGCUCGGCCCAUUGUCCCCAGCUGUAGUUUUACAACCUUUGCCUCGUGUCCAGCAACCCCAUCUGAGAUUUAUACAAUGUGGUGAUACAGAAAACACUGUGUAUAGUUUUCGUGAUUUUUUGCAGUAAACGUGCGAUUAUUGGUUUUCAUUGUAACAUGAAUCGAAACUGCAGGAUUCAAAACAAAUCGAAACACUUUAUUUUAAAAAGCCAACGACAACUCUUAAUAAAACUUGCCCUGGCUUACAUCAUUAUUGCAAACGUGGGCUCUGGUGCCAAUGCGCGCAUGGAAUUUACAGCACAGCAGAUUAUAUGGAUUGGUGGUUGUUUAGAUACUCUUUAUACCACUAAGCAAUGUUAAGUCUCUUUGCCAAAUGUACUACAGGGUGGAUGAGUUUUGUGUUUUUUUUUUCUACUGUACAAAAGUAAUACUUUUGCCAGCAUGGAAGAGUAGGCCAAAUACGCACGAGAGGGGCUGUAGAGCACUCUCAAGUGGGGGAAGCCCUUCUGCCACCAGUGGCGUGAGCGAGCAAUUACAAAAGAAAGUAAAACCAAAUACUGUUUACUAUAUCACUUAUGACGUAUACCACCCAAAGAUGGGGAUGAAAAAUGUUCCAAGCUGGCACAAGGCAGUAUUUUGAUGUAUAAAAAGAGUCCAUAAAUAUAUACACAAUUAUA